AUGAACAUGGACAAUAACAACGGCCGCAAAAACUCCAUCAUCCAAAGCCCCCUGGCCAUAUUCCCCCUGGCCAGUCCACCCCCCAAAUACCACGUCCAACAAACCCUCCGCAUCUCCCCGCUCAGACGCCUGCAGAUCCAGCAGCUCUCCCCGCGAACGGGCCGCCCCGCCCCCGUCCUGGAGGUAUGGAAGCCCUCCCUCUUCGCACCCACCAAGGUGCUCCGAACAGGCGAGUUCCCGGACCGCACACGCCUCACUCGGCGGGACUACUACAUCACGCAGACAGGAGAGUACAUGGCGUUUUCCUCACGAGCCGCGAGUCAACGGCAAGGGGACAAGAAGGCGAGAACUAAGGCGUCCGUUGCCUUGAGCGGGGACGGGGAUUCACAAAACAACAAGACGAAGCGGAAGCAGAAACAGAAGCAGGACCAAGAACAACCGGAUCAGAUACACUGGCAGAACCACAUAGUAGCUGUGAUUCGGACACCCACCAAGUCCGCAGACGGGGGCCAGGGCCGGAUAUACCUCCGUCACGGCCGGAUGUGGAAGGCCACAACGGCCUCGGACGAUGUCUACCGGUUUACGGUUGCGGAUGACAGGGGAUUGCAUAUCAUCGUGCAAUGUGAAAAGGUGGAGAGACGACGACGCCGGAAGAGUAGACGGAGUUCGCACGGGUCUGCGUCGACUGCUGCUACGCCGCGGUUAUCGAUGUCUUCGACCACCACCGAGGAGGAGAGGGAGGAUGCUAAUGCUACGUUCGACAUGAAGAUAGUUAAUCUGGAGACCAAGGCAAGUGUGUCUAUUGGGUCUGUUGAUCGACGGAGUAUCAGUCUCUCGCUGGACCAGGGGCUGAGUGGUGCGUACGAGGAGUUCAAGGCAUGUCUGUCGGCGCCUGGGGUGUUUGGGUUCGACCUGGACGGCCAGGCAUAUGUGGAUAAAGACUGGGAGGGGAUGAUGUAUACUCUAGUCGUCACUUUUGGGACCUGGAUAGCGCUGCAGAGAGGCUGGACAAAUUGA